UGCUGGUUUAUUUAAAUUUUUUUUGUUCUUUUUAUGUUUGUGUGUGUGUGUUAAUGAAGAAAAAGUUAUAUUUUUUUGAAAUAAUAAGACGUUCCGUCCGUAAAUCCGAAUGUAUCACGACACUAGAUUGGUAGUAUGUCUCUGGAGCCAUCAUUAUACUCGACUAUUCUUCACGUUACUCGUACUGUUCGAGUGCUAACUUUUCAGUCAAAAGAGUAGCAACACCAGUUCAUCCUCUCACGUGAUAUAUUUGCACGCGAAAGAUGGGCGUUACGCCAAGUUCUACUGCCCUCUAAUCAACUGGGUUUGUAGCAGAUAUCAGCAUUACCCGCCUUCCGAUAUUGGAAAGAAAAGUUUUACCACUUUCCAUUCGAUAUCGAGCGAAUGUCAUCGAUUCCCCUUUGCAAAAAUUAAUAAUCUAAACUUCCCUUUACAGAUUGUACGGUCAACAAGUGCAGAUACCCGAUGCCUUGAAUAACGCUUCUAAAUCCGUUACCAUAGCGACAUCAUCCAAUAAUCCGGUUUCCAAUUCAUCCGAAGGCCCGACUUACAGUAAUCCACUUCCCGUAUUUUGCAAUACACCGAGUUCGACUACAGGUCCCAUGGUACCUGUCACCAAUUGUGUCAAUCCUCAACUGAUCCAGGCACCGACAGCGCCCUGUACUAGUAGACCACACUUUUCUACUUCGGCCUUCUCUGCAUCGGUCAUUUCACCUUCCAGAUUCCAUUUGAGGAAGUCCUGCCUUCACAAAUGCUCGUGGAAAUGGGCCACCAUCGUUCUUAUAUGCGUUACAAUCGUCAUGACGGCCACCAUGACGUAUUUUGCAGCCAUGAACUCGCUAAACAUCACUCCAGAAACCAGUAAACCGUGUAUAGUUGUGGAUUCUGUAGAAAGUGCCACGAGAUAUCCUGCCACUAUAUCUCCGAAUGUAGAUUCUACAGAAAGUACAGCAACAUAUCCUUUGAGCCAGUGGCACGUCAUGGGGCCCAGGCAAAUUAGAAUUAGGAGAUCCCAUGUAGAAUAUUGA